AUGACUUUGCUACCACUCUACAUCGGGUGCGGUCUCGCCGCCCUCAUUCUCACCAGGAUAAUCUCAUCUGUAACAGAAAGGAGACGAUGCCAAGCGGAAGCAGUACGGCUAGGCUGCAAGCCAGCGCCCGCUAUACCCAAAAAGGGGAUAUUUGGACUGACCCGAUUUCUGGAUUAUCUCAAGGCGAUGCGCGAUGAACGGAGCCCACAGCAGUUUGUGAUGGCAAUGAAUGAGCUGGGCACGACAGGAGAAGUGCACACUGCUCGGCUCGAAGUGUUGGGCUCCGAAGUGCUGGUGACACGGGAUCCAGAGAAUGUGAAGGCCAUAUUCGUAACCCAUGCUUCAAACUUUGAGAUCGGUGCCUCUAGGGCCGGGUGUUUCGAGCCAUUGUUGGGCUUGGGAAUAUUUACUCAGCGUGGUGAACCUUGGCGUCACUCCCGGGCGCUUCUACGGCCGCAAUUUGCGCGUGACCAAAUAGCGGACAUGGAUCUUGAAGAGAGACAUGUCGAUGCCUUGUCCGCUGUGCUAAAGACGGGAUCCGAUGGCUGGACCGAUGCCGUCGACCUCCAGCCCAUGUUCUUGAAGAUGACGCUUGAAGUGAUGACGGAGUUUCUUUACGGGCAUCUGCCGCCACAGAUAGGCCAGAUAACAGAUGCUCCUGAUACAGAGGAGUUCGGAUCUCACUUCGAUGCUGGGAAAGCUUAUCUGGGCACUAGGCUGGCUCUGGGGAAGUGGCACUGGCUGGUCCAUCCGCCGGCAUUCUCUCGUCAUUGCAAGAAGGUUCACGAGUACGCAGAUUACUUUGUGAGAGCAAAGCUUCAACAUGGAUCAACAAAUUUUGCAACGAAACCGGUAUCCCGAGAGCCUACAACGAAAGGUAAGUUUGUGUUGAUAGACGAGAUAGCUAAGCAUACCAACAACGCUCUGGAAAUUCGUAAUGAGACACUGAACGUACUGAGCGCCGGUCGGGACACCACUGCGUCGUUGCUGAGUUGGAUUUUCUACUUCCUUUCGCGUUCCCCUCGAGUGUUCCACCAGCUCCGCGCAACAGUGCUGGCCGAGAUUGGAGCCGACGCUGCCAGCAUCGAAUUCUCCAAGCUAAGAUCAUGUCAAUAUCUGCAACAUUGCGUCAACGAGUCUUUGCGCAUGACCGGCAUUGUGCCAACGAUGCAGCGAGAGAGCCUCGAAGAUACAGUCUUACCCCGCGGCGGCGGUCCUAACGGCUCGGAGCCCAUCUUCCUUCCCAAGGGUCAACAGGUCUUGAUAUCGAUCUACGCUAUGCAGCAGCGUUGCGAUAUAUGGGGAGACGAUCCCGAGGUGUUUAGACCGGAGCGCUGGGAGGGUCGGAAGGCUGGGUUUGAGUUUAUUCCGUUUGGCGGCGGGCCCCGGAAAUGCGUAGGUCAACAAAUGGCCCUCACUGAGGCUUCGUACACCGUCGUACGCCUCCUCCAGAGAUUCGACAAGCUGGAAAACUGUGAGCCACCAGGGCGAAUCAGACUCCAGUAUGCUCUUUCGGUUCGCAGCGGAACAGGAGCAGUCGUCAGGCUCCACGAAGCAGAAUCGAAAUGA